AUGUCGGUGGAGAAGAAGGUCACGGUGAAGGCCAUCAGCACCAAGAGCGCCCACAGCACGGCCAAGGAGACAGCCACAGUGCGCCAGGGGAACAUCGAGGUGGAGGCCACAGAGUCUGCGAGCUCAGAGGCGCAUGCGCUGGCCAGUAGCAAUCGCACAGUGACAGUGCAGCAGACAGCUACUGGUGAGGCCUCUGCUAACGCCACCCAGGUGGAGAGCGCCUCCUCCUCGGAGACGCUGCAGGCAGAUGCCAACUCCUCGGCGGAGGUGGACGGGGUGGGAGCGGAGGUCACCACCCAGGCGGAUGGCACCGCUACGCGCACUGGCGUUGCCACAGGCACCGGGGGCGCCUCUGUGCGCAGCGAGUCCACGGGCUUCGCCUCCGCCUCUGCGUCGGCGGAGGACGUGGCAGGGUCGGCAGAGGCGGCAGCCAACGCCACGAAGUCGGCGGCCGCGGGGGCGGUGGUCACCGGGGAGGCAGAGGCGGAUUUGACGGUGCCCUUCACGCGGUCCGCCAUCAGGAGCAGCACAGAAACCCGCACCGGCGAGGGCAUGUCGCAGGGCGUCAGCGAGGCCACGGCCUGCGCGCCGCCUUUGGAGAUGACCAAAACGCCGGACGCCAAGGGCGCCGCGCUGGCGGCGGCAGAGGCUCUGGAGCUGGCCUUCCGCUACGCCGCCAACACGGCCAUGGGCCGCGCCAUGGCCAGCGCGCACGACCGCGCCAAGGAGCUGGCGCUCCAGUCCGCUGCGCAACAGGCCUUCGAGGCGGCCAAGGAGGAGGCCACCGCGCUGGCGAAGAAGGCGGCCACGGACCAAGCCGCCGCAGGGGUGCAGGAGUAUGCAGACCAGAUGGCGCAGAAGCAAGCCAAGGCCAAGGCCCUGGAGGUGGCCCGCGCCGCGGCGCGGGACAUCGCGGAGGCCAACGCGCGGCGCAAGGCCUCCAAGCUGGCAGAGGAGGCCGCCGAGGCGAAGGCUCAGCGUUUGGCUGCGGCCAGGGCCCGCGAGGACGCCCGGCGCAACGCGCGCAAGGCGGCGGAGAAGGCCGCGGAGGAGGCUGCAAUGCUAAAGGCCCGGUUGCAGGCCAAGGAGCUGGCUGAGGUGGAGGCCCAGCGCCAGGCCCAGGCGCAGGCGGAGGAAGCCGCCAGCGCCGACGCCAAGCGCCGGGCGGAGGCGGCGGCCUCCAAGAUGGCUCGCGCGGAAGCGCAGGUGGAGGCCGAGAGCCUGGCGCGGAUCCAAGCCCAGCGGGAGGCGGAGGACGCUGCGCAAGAGGGCGCCGAGAUUAUGACGAAGAUGUCGAUGCCGGGGGGCGCACUGGGUGACGAAGAGUUGGAGCCGCUGGAGCCGGAGAAGCCGAAGCCGAUGCUCCGCAAGCAGGGCUGA